AUGAACAAUAUAGGGACAAGAAAUCGCCCUUAUGGUUCUCUGAUCCUCACAACACAGCAGCCAUCUGGAUCCUGGAGACAAGCAAGAUAUCAUUUCUACCCCACACCAAACGAACUCAUUUACAAAUUCCGGGAAAAAAUAGACAUGCUGGAGGAAGUAGUCCGGAACACAAGAGGUAACGUCUUGGUGGCCGACGACUUCAAUGCUAGGGCGGUCGAGUGGAGAAUGCCGCACCAAAUCUCGAGGGGCAAAUAUGUGGUGGAAAUGGCGGCUAGAACAGGGCUCUAUGUCUUGAACGUUAGCUCCACUACAACCUUCCGGCGCCUCAGGUACACUGAAGCGAUUCCAGACAUCCCUCUCAUAAAUGAAGACCUCUUACCGCGGAUCGAAAAGUGGAAGGUAAUCGAGAACUACACUGAAAGCGAACACCAAUACAUUAUCUUUAGUGUAUACGGAGAAUCACGGAGAAGCAGAGAAGACAAAGCGACUCCACGCAGAUGGAACGUUCAAAAGUUGGACACCAGAAACUUCAUUAAAACAAUAUCCUGGGAAAUAGAAGUUACCAAAGGACCCGAAGCAACAUGGAAGGCCGCGACCGAAACACUUGUCGGUACAAUUAUUCGCCACAUCGUCACGGUUUGCGCACCCACCAUACUGCGCAAGAGACCUCGCCACAGCAAGCGACCUGCAUACUGGUGGACUCCAGAGAUCGCGGAGUUGCGCUUAAAGUGCUUGAAAUUGAGACGAACUGCACAGGCAAGUAAAUGGAGCGAAGCAAACGCCAAAUCUGCAGAACACUACGCCGCGAAAAAGCAACUGUGCCGCGCAAUAAACAAAAGCAAGGUCGGUUGCUGGAAGAAGUUGAGGGAGGAAAUCAGUAGUGACCCAUGA